AUGACUUCCGCCGACUUCGCUGCCGCUCAGAAGAGGGUCCUAGAGCGUCGCCAGCGUCUUGAGUUGGAAGCUCAGACCCGCCUUGUCGAACAACAGCGUGCAUCGCAUAUCAAUUCCGCGAGAUUACCAGAUCCUUUGAAUAGAUUGACACAGUCUGGGUUCUUAAUCUGGGACAAGGUCAAAGGCCGGGAUGGUACGAAACCUAUUUUCCGGGUUGGUCAGGUCGAUGCAGAAUUAUUAGACGAAGAAUUGCUCGGCUUGCUCAAAUGUCAAGUUGGAGAGGCAUUGAAAUAUUUCGGGUCCCAUGCUCGCGAGGAAUGGUCGAGCGAAAUCCAACUAGCGCUACGGGCUAUUCUUUUCAAACUCUCCAUUUGGGACCAUAACGCUUCAUACGGCGCAUCGCUGCAAGGUCUUCAAUACGUCGAUAGCCGAUCCACAUCCGCCGUCCCCAAACCACCUACGACAUGGCAGAAAUUGCUUCAUGGUCUGUUUACCGUUGGAGGGCGUUAUGCAUGGGAGAAAUGGGAAAGUUGGUUGAUUGAACAUGAAAAUGGCUACGAUGAGGUAUAA